AUGAGGAAGCGCAUAGCUAAGAAGACGCCAUCGUCACGAACAGCACAGCUAGAGGAGAAGAUUGAAGAUCUAGUCUCCAUGCUAAGGGCUACCCAUGAUCCUGGGCCACGGACCGUCCACUCAUACCCUCCAUUAUCAAACACGCCAUCGCAGACCUUCCCCAGCCGAUUAGAUUCGUUGGCUGCCGCUGCUACGGCAGAUCCAAAUCAGUCUCAAAGGAAAUCUCCUUUUUGCCCACAUAGUUGUAUGGUGUCAGACUUACCACCCAGCAAGAACAUUUCGACACUAAGUGACGUGGAUAGGCGGCCAGAGCCAACAGCAGAGGAAGCCGAGGCGUAUUUGGCCAAGUUUAGACAUUGGCUAGAGGCAGCCCCGUUUAUGCAUAUACCUGCAGAUGUGACAGCGGGGGAACUGAGGAAAGAGAAGCCAUUUUUGUGGACCUGUAUUAUGAACUUGACGUCCAUGUCGAAUCCACAGCAACGGAUAUUGAGGGAAAAGGUUCGGCAAGAGGUUGCUGAUAGACUGGUAUUCGGGGGCGACAGAAGCAUGGACGUGCUGCAGGGGUUGGUGACCUUUUUAACAUGGGCAACUAUGAAUACCGGACCAGGGAUGAAGCCGUUUUUAAUAUUGUACGCCGCCCUGGCUCAGUCCAUUGUAUUUGACAUGGGCCUCACGAGAUCUCCUGCUGAAGAGCAACAAUCAACCAUGUAUUUCAAGAUAUGGAGUGCGCGUCAUCCACCACCAGCAAGAGUUCGGACAAAUGAGGAGCGUAGGGUCGUCCUGGGUCUCUGGCUUGCGAUAUCAUUAGCCACUUCAUUUAUUGGGAAAAUGGAGACACUUGCUUUCACAACCCACAUGGAGGACUGUCUCGCCGUUCUUGAGAGGGAAAGCGAGUACCCAUCGGAUGCUGUUCUCGUCACAAUGGUCAAGAUUCAGCUCGUCGGGGAAGAAGUCCAAAGGUUAAUGCGCAGCAAAAUUACCGAGACCAGCCAGAACCCAACCUAUAUCUUCAAACCGGGCUUGGUGACACGACUAAAUGAAAUCCGAAGUCGGCUAUCGGACCGCCUAGCCCACAACCAGCAUAUUCUCAUGCUCUUCCACAGUACAGAAAGCCUGGUCCACUCCAUUGGCUUGUUCACCGAGCAGGGGAUCCCCGAAUCCAUACGCAUCAACGGCAUGUACUCUAGUGCCAAGGCGGCGAAGUCGUUUUACGAUACGUUUUUCGCCAUCCCGGCUCUUGAAGUGGCCGGACUGCCGUUUGCUGCAUAUGUGGAAAUGUCUCAUAUGCAGGCUACGCUCUACAGACUCACCACGGUCGAGGACCAGGCGUGGGAUAAAGAGAUAUUGAAAGGCACGGUCGACUUGUUAUACUAUUUAGACAAGACGAUUGAGCUGUUCUACAGGGUUGAUGAAGUUUAUGCCGUCAGAACAGAUGACCAGGAUGGCACGCUAUUCACCAAGGGAGCUAAGAUUCUGAGAAAUCUUCGACUUUCAUGGGAGCCAAUUUUGGGGCCGUACCUCCGGGAUGCGUCAUUACCUACGCCGAAUAGUCAAGGUCAGGUGGUUAACACGGCGAUGAACCCCAUGGACACAACACCCUCAAAUGCGGGAUUGGUGGUUGAUGGGGUUGGCGACCCGACUGCAGGGUUGGACUUGAGUGACUUGACUUGGAUGUCUGAUAUAUUUGGGCCAUGGGAAUAUUGA